GGCCGCAAAGGUUUUAUUUUUUACAAAAAUUUUAGUUAAAUUUAAAAUUAAUUUGUCUAAAGUUACAUUAUAAUGUUAAGGAAUUUAAUUUCACGAACAUUUGUUCGUCAUAACCAAAGCAAGAAUCUACAAAAUUUUCCAGCAUACAGUCGUAAAAUCAACAGACAAGUACAUUGUGGAGUUUGCUUACAAAAUCCAAGACAAACAUCGAAGCCAAACACUGGUGCUUCCCCCGCAAUAGCCAGCAAAUAUCAAGUGAUAAAUGAAGAUAAUUCGCCUGUGAUCGAAAACACAGCUGAGGAAAUUCAUUUCGAAAAUUCAUAUCCAAUUUUAAGUGACGAAUAUGAUGGAAUUAAUCUAGAAAGAGGGCAAACUGGUGUAUUUGACAUAGAAGAUUUAGUUGAGCUUCUAAGGCGUGAGAACUCCAAGGAUAUAUUUGUAGCAACAGUGCCAACAGAGAUAAACUAUGUUGACUAUAUUUGUAUAGUAAGUGGAAGAAGUAAAAGACAUAUUCAGGCACUAGCUGAAUUUGUAAGAAAAGUGUAUAAGAAGAAAUGUUAUAAGAGUGAUCCAAUACCCAGACUAGAGGGAAAAGAUUGUAACGAAUGGAUAGCUUUAGACUUAGGAAACAUAGCAUUACAUAUUUUCUCAGAAAAGACAAGGCAAUUAUAUGAUUUGGAAACACUUUGGUCCGUUGGAGCUGAAUACGAUGACUUGACCAACAAAAAGAAUGAAAUUGACAUAUUUGAAGAUUACAGUUCUUUCUUAAAAGAUCUCAAACCACUGUCAUAGGAGG